AUGUCGCUGAGACCUAACGCCCGCGCCGAGGUCCGCCGCAACCGCUACAAGGUGGCUGUUGACGCCGAGGAGGGGCGGCGGCGGAGGGAGGAUAACAUGGUCGAGAUUCGAAAGAAUCGCCGUGAGGAGAGCCUCCAGAAGAAGCGCCGCGAGGGUAUCCAGCAGUUUGCUGUCCCUGUCGAAGCCACCACCGGCAUCGAGAAGAAGGUGCAGUUAGAGAAUCUACCAUCAAUG